AACAAUGCGGACAUUCGUGGCACUUCUAGUUCUGGGCCUGUGCUCCUCCUCGAUGGUGGUUCGGGCCGACUUUGACCACUACAUCACGCUGAAGAGCUUCCCGAAUGCGCUCAAGGAGUGCGCCGAGUACUUUGAGGUGUCCGAUUGUACCCUCGGAAAGUACAUCGACGAUUCGUACCCGAACUGCGAGAUCGUCAAGCAGCUGAUUCGCUGCUCGCUGAUCAACCUCGGUGCCUGGGAUGACUCGGAGAAGGUGCGUGAACACGUCAUCCGGAACUUCUUCCAGCCGGCCGUCGGCGAUACCUGCUAUGCGAACCGCACCAAGGAGUGCGUCCAGGGUGUUCUGCAUCGCGCGGACUGCAAGGACGUGUUCAGCCAGGCUUACGAGAUCUUCCAGUGCUACUACCGCCAGUACGGCAACCUGAUCGACAGUGACCAGUUCAUCCCGAACGAAGCCCGCGAGCUGACCCAGCUGCAGCUGACCUCCAACGAGAUCCAGCAUCUGCCGCAGUGCGUCCUCGUUCAGUACAGCAAGGGUGACAUUAUCGAUGAGCCGCACUUCCCGGCCGUCUUCUACGUCGGUUCCGUCCGGGGUGGAUACUACAGCAGCCACGGUGGAGUCUCGCUCGAGAACCUGUACACCCAGUACGGAAACCCGGAACUGCUCACCGAGCAGACCAAGCAGUGCACCGUAGCGGUCGCCCGUGAGUUCUGCGAUGCCUCCGAGGUCACCAAGGCGUACCAGAUCUUCAAGAAGUGCCUCAAGGAUCUGUACCCGAUUCUGCACCUGAUCCAGGAGACGGCCAAGUCGCUGGUCUGCGACAAGUCCCCGUCCUGCGGGUGCAGCAAGUGUGGCCACCACCAGCCGCCGAGCCAUCAUCGGUACAAUCAUUGAGCGAUGAAGAGAAUGCGUGUCGGAAUGGGAGAGUUUACGAAGAAUGACUGUCAUUAUGAUUGUUGAUUAGUUUAACAAAUAAAGUAUAUAUUUCAAGCAAAAAUGUUUCCAAUAUUUUUCUUAACUUUUUCUUAUUAUCACUUAAAUUUGGAUUCCCCACCCACGACUUUAAAAGCAUUUCUGAUGCUAGAGUUUGGGAUUUCGUCACAUUUAUGCCUUAAUUAUCUAAGUCCUAUCAAGUUACCUAGGAAUUGAUAAUUUUGGAGUAGAACC